UUGAUAGCAGACGCAGCCUUUUCUAGGGUGGCCAAAGGUGCAAUGAGGAGUUUAUAAAUUUCGUCAUUAUAAAAUUGAAAUUUGUAUAUUAGAAUGACCAUGAUUUCGAAGGCUGCGGUGGGCAUCGCCGUUGGCAUAGCUGGAAUAUUCUUUGGAUACUGCUUUUAUUUCGACCGAAAGCGCCGCAGCGAUCCAGAUUUCAAAAAGAAAUUGCGUGAACGAAGAAAAAUUAAGAAGAAGCAAGCUGAAAAAAAUAAUUUAAAACUUCCUGAUAUGAAAGAUCACGAAGGUGUACAAAGAUUUUUCUUACAAGAAGUUCAACUUGGAGAAGAGAAACUUACAAACGGUGAUGUAGACGGUGGAAUUGCACAUUUAGCUAAUGCAGUUGCAAUCUGUGGACAACCUUCACAAUUAUUGCAAGUUCUACAAAAGACACUGCCACCACAAGUUUUUUACCUUUUAUUGCAACGAUUACCUGCUAUUGGCCAGAAGAUAGCAUCUCAAACUGGAAUGGCUGAGGAAGAUGUUGAAUAAAACAAUAUAUAAAUUGCGUUGAGUAUUUCAAAAUAAAAUUUAACCAUUAGUAGAAAGUGUAUGCUUCUUUUGAUAACGUA